GCCUCCGCCGCCCGGCGGAUCUCUGUGGGAUCGUGACCGGCGGCGUGGCUCUUGAUUCGCCGGCUUAUUUAUCGCGCUGGGUUCCCUCCAACUUUUUCUUCGUAGUUUAUUUUCUCCUGCUUGGGGUCCUAGUAUUCCUCUACAUGCUCCACGGAUCUUUGUCCGACGACAGCAGCAUUGAUUACCUAGCCUCAUAAUUUGACCUGGCACUUCGUGAUGAGUUGGGCUUGGGCGCCUGGGGAGCAGAUCAUGCCGAAUUUUUUCUACCACGGGAUCCACAUUUCCGAAUUCCGGCGCCUAGUGUUAUCACGAGCAAUUGGUUCCUCGGUGCUUCCCGAUUGCCAUUUUUUUCACUCCUCCUGAUCUGUUGUCUGUACGACGGGCGAGGUGGUUGCAGAUUUGGAAUUUCGCGGCGGCUGUUUGGUUUGAUUUAUGAUGGCCUGCCGUCCGCAUUUAUGAUGGAAUGUACUCCAAGUAAACUAAUUUGCCCCUUCAAGCUGUUCUUGUACUUGGGGGUAUUGAUUGAUGAAUUCCCCGUUCCUUGCCAGUUGCCGCUAUCGGAAGCCCUGUGCCAGCCUAACAGGAAUCAAAGUUUCAAACAGAUUAGAAGUACUCCGAAAUGGGUGCUAGAGAUAAUGUGGAAGGGAGAGAAGAGAAGAAGGGGGUUGGAUCAGAUUAUGUACAUGCUAGGGACUCCUUUUCAUCACAAGGUGAGUCUCGGGUUCCAAGGAAGCUCAGUAAAAAGGAGACUAAAGAAAAUAGCCCCCGCACGACCAAAAGCAGUGCUAGCCGUCUAGCUCAAAAUAAGCUGCAACAAAAAGGAUUAAACAAUGUUCAGAGCAAAUCUCAGAAGCAAAAGAAAACAGUUAGCGCUGCUAAAGCUGUUGAAGUUAGAAAGCCAGACAUUGCCAGAGUUCCUUCUCGCCCUCCAUCAGAAUUGUCUGAGGAAACAGAUGAUAUAAUCAGCGAUGCUGGAACCAUCGACGAUAAAGGCAUUGAGGAGGCCAAGGAGAUCGACGUAUUAGAUGAAGCUCCACACUGUGAUCAGAGUACUGGCACUGAUGAUGAUAGUCCUGAUAUUGAAGAGAAGAUAGUUCAUCAUGACAAGUCAGUUUUAGGUCAAGGGAAUGAGGAAUCAGCGUCAAGAAUUGACAAGUUGGAACAAGAACUUCGUGAAGUUGCUGCUCUCGAAGUUUCUCUAUACUCUGUUGUGCCCGAGCAUGGAAGUUCAGCACAUAAGUUGCAUACCCCAGCUCGGCGUCUCUCAAGGCUAUAUAUUCAUGCAUCCAAGUUUUGGUCCGCAGACAAGAGAGCUUCAGUAGCAAAAAACAUUGCUUCUGGCCUCGUGCUUGUUGCAAAGUCCAGUAGCAAUGAUGCUUCAAGGUUGACAUUCUGGCUGUCCAACACAGUUGUCGUUAGGGAGAUCAUUGCACAAACAUUUGGCGUCUUGCGUGUGAAUCCAACGAUGAUGACCAUGAACAUGAAUGGUGGUGCCAAAAAGCUUGAUGGGAAACCUAUGACAAUGCCAGAUGAUUGGCAGGAAACAAGUACAUUUUUGGCUUCAUUAGAGAAGAUUGAAUCUUGGAUAUUUUCUCGGAUUGUUGAUACAGUAUGGUGGCAGGCACUUACUCCUCACAUGCAAACGCCGGCUGAAGGUUCAUCUACUCCAAAGGCUGGCAGAGUGUUAGGUCCUGCUUUGGGUAACCAGCAGCAGGGCACCUUUUCUGUUAACCUGUGGAAGGCUGCAUUUCUUGAUGCAUUCAGUAGAAUGUGCCCUCUCCGUGCUGGUGGACAUAAGUGUGGCUGUUUACCAGUAUUGGCAAAAUUGGUGAUGGAGCAAUGUGUAGCCCGUUUGGAUGUUGCAAUGUUUAAUGCCAUCCUUCGUGAAUCAGCAAAUGAGAUACCAACCGAUCCUAUAUCUGACCCGAUUGUUGACCCAAAAGUUCUACCAAUCCCAGCUGGUGAUCUAAGCUUUGGGUCAGGCGCACAGCUGAAGAACUCUAUUGGAAACUGGUCAAGAUGGUUGACGGAUAAAUUUGGCAUUGAUGAUGAUGAUUCGGACAUAGGAAACGACGACGAUGAUAAAAGAAGAGGUGCAGCUGAAUCAAAAUCAUUUCAACUGCUUAACGAAUUGAGUGAUCUCCUGAUGCUACCAAAGGACAUGCUUCUUGAAAAAUCUAUCAGGAAAGAGGUCUGCCCCUCAGUUGGCCUUCAGUUAGUGACAAGAAUCCUGUGCAACUUCACACCUGAUGAGUUCUGUCCUGAUCCUGUUCCAAGCACAGUCUUAGAGGAGCUGAAUUCAGAGAGCUUGCUGGAGCGAUGCACCAACAAAGAUGUGCUCGGCGCAUUUCCAUGCAUUGCCGCUCCUGUUGUGUACCGAGCACCUUCGACAUCAGAUGCGGCAGAGAAAGUGGCAGACAUAGGAGGUGUCCCAAAGCUCGAUAGGAAAGCCUCAAUGGUGCAGAGGAGAGGGUACACCAGCGACGACGACCUGGAUGACCUGGACUCUCCCCUUGGAUCCCUAAUUGACAGGAGUGCUCCACCUUCACCAUCAAAUGGUAUUGCGCAUUUCAGUGCUCAGAGAGGAGCUUCCAUGGAGAAUGUAAGAUACACGCUCCUAAGAGAAGUAUGGUCGGAGCAGCGGUGAUCAAUGCAUCUGUAAAACCUAAAAUCUCUUCUACAGCUGCCGUAUAAGAUCACAAGAAGGCGCCGAUGUGUAUGCCCUUCAACAGUCUUUUCACAGUUACAAAAUAUGAAACACUUCUUGUACAGCACAUUCCCACAAUCCUAUAUAUGUAGCCCUUUUGUAGUAUAGCACAACUCUAGACACGGAUAGUAAGACUAUUGCACCUUGAAGUUGAAUAACACUAUCUACGGUGCAAAUUUGUGGAGUGAA